AUGAUUCCUGAUCCUACGGCUGAUUUGGGUGAACUUGAAGCACGAGCAUUUAUAAAGUUCCUGUUUUUCCACGGUAAAAGAGCGGCGGACUUCCAUGGUGAGAUGAACAAAGCCUUGAAGGAUGGCUACCCGUCUUACUCCAGAGUGUCAGGGUUUCGGACUGGUCAUUUCGAGGUCACAGAUGAACCUCAAUUAAAUUCCGCGACCACAGAGAACAAAGCCGACGCUGUGCACGUCAUAGUUCUCAAGGACGUCAGGUUUCUCAUCCACAACAUUCUGUAUAUGAGAAAGCUUUCCACAAAAUGGCUGCCGACAUACCUGAACGCAUAUCAGAAGCGCAUCAGUAACAAUAUCAAAGACGAUUUUGGACCGGUUCGCAGCGGGAGAUGCUGA